GGAGUUAUGUGGAUAAGACUAAAGAGGGUUCCCGAUUGAAUAAAUUUUUGAUAAGCAACAUAAGACAACUCUACGCGAUCUUCAUCGUUGAUCGAAGAGCGUAAAUUACGAUAAGACUGUGUAACAAAAAUUUCAUCUGUAGAAGAGAUUGCCAAAUUGCUGUCUGUGUGCAUGAGUAUAAAAGCGCAAAAACAAGAGAUUUUUGAAUCAUUUGUAGUAAGACUAUACAAAAAAGUUGUCUAGCGAUUAAGAAAAAAACAUUCAAAAUGAUUUUGUGGAGUGAUAUUUUGUUUCUACUUGGAGGUUUCGUUGUUCUAGUUUAUUUCUUCUUCAAACGCAAGUUCUCCUACUGGGCAGAACUUGGAGUACCUCAUGCAGAACCAAGCAUUCCUUGGGGCAACAUCGGUCAAGUGGGAUCCAAAUUACACACAACGGAAUUAUUUCAACAGUUCUACAGAAGAUUCAAAGGGAAAGCCCCCUUAAUGGGAUUCUACGCUACAAUAGCACCGCAAGUUUUUCUUAUAGAUUUGGACCUCAUUCAUAGAAUCUUAAUCAAGGAUUUCCAGUACUUCCACGAUAGAGCACAAUACUACAAUGUCGAAGAUGACCCUAUUUCUGCUCAUCUCUUCAACAUUGAUGGUGAAAAGUGGAGGAUCCUAAGAGCUAAGAUCUCACCUACCUUUACCAGCGGGAGAAUGAAGAUGAUGCUUCCGACAGUGAUUGAUGUUGCUCAAAACUUCCAUAAAACUUUAUUUGAAAGAAUAGGCGAUAAGGCAGAAAUUGAAAUUAAAGAUUAUCUUUCGCGAUUCACCACUGAUGUUAUAGGUUCUUGUGCAUUCGGACUUGAUUGCAAUAGUCUCAAGGAUCCUAAUGCGAAAUUUCGUAUCUACGGUGAUAAGGCUUUCGCAAUGAGCUGGUGGAGGACUAUUAAAUUUAAUUUCGUAUCAUCCUUUGUUGAACUUUCUCGGAAACUGCACAUUACAAUGACUGGCAGGGAUGUGUCUGAUUUCUACCGUGGUGUUGUCUUUGAUACAAUUAAGUAUCGAGAAGAGAAUGGGGUUCAACGGAAUGAUUUCUUGAAUUUGUUGAUGCAGAUCAAGGAUCGUGGUAACCUAGAUGGCGACACUAUCAACAAUGAAGGGAAAUUGACUUUGGAAGAGAUUGCUUCCCAAUCGUUUGUGUUUUUCGUAGCGGGAUACGAGACAAGUUCAACUGCCAUGACAUUCGCCUUGUACGAAAUGGCAAAGAAUCCGGAGAUUCAAGAAAAAGCCCGGAGGAAUGUCGUUGAAACUCUGGCUAAAUAUAAUGGAGAAUUCACUUACGAGGCAGCCAUGGAAAUGACAUAUCUUGAUCAGGUUAUCAAUGAAACGUUAAGAAAAUAUCCGCCACUCGGGAGUGUAACACGUCGCAUCACUCAAGAUUAUCAAGUGCCUGAGACCAAGUUUGUUUUGAAGAAAGGUCUUAGGGUUAUUAUACCAAUCCACGCAAUCCAGAAUGAUCCGGAAAUUUACGAAAAUCCCGAUAAAUUUGAUCCAGAACGAUUUUCAGUGGAAAAUUCCAAAAAUCGUCACAGUGCUGCAUUUUUUCCUUUUGGGGAUGGUCCUAGGAAUUGUAUAGGCUUGCGUUUUGGUAUGAUGCAGGUUCGUGUUGGAUUGGUGACUGUUCUAAGGAGCUUCAGUGUUGGAACCUGCUCAAAGACACCUGAUCCACUCAUCCUUCAGAAGGAUAACUUCACAAUGACUGCUCAGGGCGGUAUGUGGCUAACGAUGAAGAAAACUUCUUUGUGAAUAAAUUUGUCAGUUUAAUGUUCAAAAUAUUAGUUUCAUACUUUGAGUCAUACUUUCGUAAAAAUGGUAAAGUUUUAUGCAUGUAAUGGUGAAUACAAAAUUACAAAAUAAAUAGAAUUUAUAU